AUGUCACUAAAGAUCAAAAAAGAUGAUACAAUUCAAUUAAACAAAUCAGAAGAACCUAAAUCCAAUGUAAUAGAAGAAACGGCGAAAGGAAUAACAUCACUAGUAUUUGUCCAAAUAAUAACAAAAUUAUUCACAUUUUUAUUAAAUCAAUUAUUAAUAAGAUUUAUAUCACCUGAAAUAUUUGGAUUGACAAUAUAUUUAGAAUUUUUAGUAUCAACUAUAUUAUUUUUCAGUAGAGAAUCCAUAAGAUUAUCUAUUCAAAGAAUAACAAAUGAUCUUAAAAACAAAACUAGAACGUUACAAAAAAUUAUAAAUUUUGGUUUUUUACCUUUAUUUUUAUCAAUUCCUAUUACUUUAUUAUUAGGUUAUUUUCAAGGAUAUAGAUCAGAUAAUUUCCAAAAUUAUCUAUUGAAUUUACCUUUUCAUAAUUUGAUUUUGGUGUUUUUGGUUUUGCUGAUUAUUUUGGAAUUAAGUAUUGAACCAAUAUAUUGUGUUUAUCAAUAUCAAUUAGAUUUUAAUAAAAGGUCUAAAUUUGAGAGUAUUGCAUUAUUUAUCAAAUGUGUUACUACUUUUAUUGGAGUUUAUUUUGCGAAAUAUUAUAAAUCAUCAUAUUCUGAAUUUAGUGGAUUAUCAAUUUUAGCAUUUACAAUUGGUCAAUUAUCUUAUUCAUUAACGUUAUUUAUAUUAUAUUCUGUUUCAUUUUUGGGAUUUAAUAAAGUAAAUGGAACUAAUGUUGAAUAUUCAAUAGUUAAUGUUGGUGAAGGAAAUAAAACUCACUAUUUUGACUCAAAUGUUAUUGCAAUUUUCAAAGGAUUCUUCAUUCAAAUGAUUUUUAAACAAUUAUUAACAGAAGGUGAUAAGUUACUAAUUUCAUAUUUAUGCACGAUUGAAGAACAAGGUAUAUAUGCAGUGAUUGUAAAUUAUGGAUCAAUUAUUGCUAGAAUAUUAUUUCAGCCAUUAGAAGAAUCAACAAGAUUAAUGUUAACAAAAAUUGUAAAUAGUAACGAAAAAUCUAAAUUAGAUUCAUUAUUACAAUCAUUUACAUAUAUUAAAAUGAUAAGUUUAUUUUAUUUUAAUUUAUGUGCAUUUUUAUUAUUUACAGGUAUAAGUAAUGGAUCAUUUUUAUUAAAGUUCAUGAUUGGUAAACAAAAUAGAUGGGAAACAGCAAAUAUUUAUGAAUUAUUUCCAAUUUAUAUUGUAUAUAUUCCAUUUCUAGCAUUCAAUGGGAUUUUUGAAGCUUGUUUUACAAGUAUUGUAAAACCACAAAAUAUGCAAAAAUAUUCAAAUUUUUUAACAUUUGUUACUGUGUCCAUUUUGGGGUUAUCUUAUUUGUUGAUAAAAGAAUGGGAUUAUAGAUUGACUGGUUUAAUGAUUGCAAAUAUGAUCAAUAUGUUUAUGAGAAUAAUAUACUGCUCAACAGCUAUAAAAAAUUAUUAUAAACCUUUGAAUAAAAAAAUGGGUAUAUUACAAAUCGUACUGUAUACAUCUGGUUCAGUUGGUGUAACAAUUGGAAUUUGGUUGCUACAAUAUUUCUUUGUAUUUAAGGAAAAAUCUUAUGUUACUAAGACUUGGGAAGAAUUAUUUAAAAGUGCUGUACUUUCAGCUGUAUUGUUGAUAAAUUUAAUGAUAUUAGAAAGACAAAAUCUACAAAAUACCGUUAAACGAGUGUUUAAAAUAAAAGAUGAAUAA